ACGUUUAGAGGAAAAGGGGAGGAGCCGCCGCCUUCACUGUUGCGGGCGGGUGCGUCAGCAGGAGUCUUGGUGCGGCUGCGCGGCGAUUGCGCGGCGGAUUCGAACGGUCCUGAGGCCGGCGGGGCCAGCAAAGGGCGGUUGGACACGCGCGUGAAUUACGGGGGGCCCCGCGGUGGCGGGGAGGAUGAAGCGAGCGGCGCCCCGCAGUACCCUGCGGAACCUGAUAAAGAGACACAAGCCCCAGCUUCGUCUGGCGGCCAACGCCGACCUGCUGGUGCAUUUGAACUUCUUACUGUUUCUCCACCGAUUAGCAGAAGAAGCCAGGGCAAAUGCUUUCGAGAACAAGAGUAAAACAAUUAAAUCUGAACAUGCCAUGGCGGCAGCAAAGGUUAUCUUAAAGAAGAGCAGAGGCUAGGAAAUCAAGAAGUACUUUCUAAUCCUGUUUGCUUUACCCAGUGUAUUUUUAUUAACUCUUAAGUAUCAUGGCUAAGAUCCUCAGUUGGUAUAAAUAAGCAUACAUUCAUUGAAGUCAGUAGAGCUACACUGCUUUACCUUUGAGGAAUUGGACUUAUGUUCUUAAGAAACAUUCAUGUUUAUAGGUGAUAUGCAUUCCUUUAUACAUGGGUCUCUUAUCAAAGCAUGAGGCAAACACUUGUGGUGAAAGUAAUUUUUUUUAUAAUGUAAGUUUUCGGCUGCAUCUUCAACUAAAAUAUUGGGAAAAGCCUAUAGCAUUUCCCUUCCAUGUGUUUACUGGAGUCAUAUUCCUAAUUAGAAAGUGUUUCCUCUUAUAUUAAUCAUUCUAAAAGAGACUUAUUAAUGAGGAGUUUACUCUGUAUGUCAGUUUAGUUCUUCUUGUUACACAGACAAAAUGUUGGCUUCUUAAAGAAUGACAGUCUGACAAUGUUGCAUCAAAUAUCUUGGUUUCAGAUUGUUUAUAAAUGUCAAGUUUCACAGCCUUAAUUUUUGAAAUAAUUUUUAAGAACAGCACAAGCUACUUGAAUAAACCUUCUAUAUUUUAUUUGACUGGUAAUGGGGUACAGAACCUUUAUUUUUAGAUGGUGCCCUAACUUCUCCCAAAAUUGCUCCAUUGACUAUCCCGUGGUUUAUGUCAAAUGUGCUGAUGGUCUUAAUUCAGGUCCUUGUGGACAGGUGCACUUCAUAAAAACAACCAUUACAACUGACAUCAAUUGCUAUGCUUGAAAUUAGACCUAAAAGUGGCAUCAAGGAUCAGCUAGGCAUGGAUACUAUGCUGCUCUCUGUACCCUUCUUUUCUCUGGGUUGAAUCUCAGUGAUGUGUGGAUAUGUUGUAUGUAUUUUACAUAUAUAGUGCUUCAAUUUCAAGUGCCUGGAAUCCUUAUGAAACUAAACUUUUUAAAAUGUAGACUUGUAUCUUAUUCUUUCGUACAAUAACACUUUGUUCUUUUGUGUUACUUUGAUUUAUGUAACAUUAGUUAACAGUGCUUCAUGUGUGCAUAUCAGUUAAUUAUUUUUCAUGGAACAGAAAAAAAUAAAGGCUUUUUGUACAACA